GAAGCAGUAGGCCUCGGAGCGCUCCAUGCUGUCGCGCACGGCCCCUCCCAGCGCUCGCAUCGAAGCGCCGGAACGCCCGGCCGAGGCCCGGAGGAGGCGCUGCGGCAGCGGCGGGAGGACGGAGCGAGCUGGUUUGGCUGAUUCAAAGGGAGUUUACUGUUCUGUCACAAGAUGCGGCAUUUCACACAUCGAUUGGAACUGUUUCCUGACUGUCUUGUUACUCUUAUCUUAUUUAAUGAUGUGAAAAAUGCUGCUACUCUAAGGAAAAAGGCAAUGGAAGGUGCUAUUGAUGCAGCAUUAAUUAAUCCUGCAAUGAUUGUUGAUCCAUUUCAGAUACUUGUGGCAACAAACAAAGCUGUUCAUCUCCACCAGAUUGGUAAAAUGAAGACAAGAUCACUAAAUGCAGAAAUAAUAUUCAAUCUUUCACCAAACAAUAAUAUUUCAGAUGCUUUCAAAAAGUUUGGCAUUGGAGACAAUGACUCUGCAAUACUCAUUGUUCUGGUUGAAAACAAAGAGAAAACUGUGAAUUUGGAAGAUCUAAUAAGCCGAGUUGAAGGCCAGCAAAUCUCUUUAGCAGAUCUCCCCCAGAUAACAGAUAUACAAAAAGUUAAAAAGAUGUACAAGCUUACCCCACAAGAAGAGAAAAUUGGCACGCUUCUGGAUGGCAUCAUUUGUAGAAUGGCAACAAAAGAUGUUUCAUGACAAGAAGUAAUUACACUAGAACUGCAGCCUGUUUCUGAAAGAAAAACUUUUAUUUUAUUUUGGUAUUUGGUUGAAUCUGUUAGAAUGUACUGAGUUUUAUUAUAUUUGGAAAUGGAAUCUGGCACAGUUUUAUUACAGGAGACAGAAAUAUUGUUUGAGUAUUUUUGUAAUUAAAAUAUUUUAUUCACUGUA